GGCCGUUGUCCUCGGUCUCGACAGGUUCCUUCGCCAUCGUCUUGCCCCCCCUCCCAGCAAGCCGCCCGACUUGUCGACCCCCUGUCUCGGAAGACAUCCUCCAGUCCGAUCGCACAGCAUGCCCGACUCCACCGCAAUCAGCAUUGUCUCGGCACCGGGCAAGGUGCUCCUCGCCGGCGGAUACUUGGUCCUGGAUCGCCAGUAUUCUGGCCUUGUUGUCGGAACAUCGUCUCGGUUCUUCACCAGCAUCGCUCCGGGCCAGCGUCCGCGCUCGAUUACCGUCAAAUCGCCUCAGUUCACGGAUGGCUUCUGGAGCUUCGGGAUCAAGUGGGAGCAAGGCGCUGUUGAGAUACAGCCGUCGAGCGGACAAAAGGAGAACCCCUAUCUCGAAAAGACCCUCUGCCACACCCUCACCCUCGCCAGUGUCCUGAGCAGCUCCUUCGGCAGUCGGAUCGAGCAGGGCCUCGAUAUCGUCAUUGUCGGACACAACGAUUUCUACUCGCAACGGGAGCAGCUCGAGCAGCAGCAUCUCCCUCUGACGUCGGCAUCGCUGUCGUCGCUGCCCAACUUUUGCUCGACGCUGGCUCCCAUCGGCCAGGUGCACAAGACCGGUCUCGGCUCUAGUGCGGCCAUGAUCACCUCGGUCGUCGGUGCCCUUCUAUCUCACUUUGGUGUCGCUGAGCUGCCCCGCAAUCGCCAUGUAUCGGAGUGGUCGGAGCAGGAGCUGUACAGCGCCCGUCUGGUGCACAACGUUGCCCAGUUCACGCACUGUCUCGCCCAGGGCAAGAUCGGCAGCGGCUUCGACGUCAGCUCGGCUGUCUUUGGAAGUCAUUCGUACCGCAAGUUCUCGCCAUCGGUUCUGGAUCCACUUUUGUCGCGAGCUAUGCAGCCCGACUCGCCCCGGCUCACGGGCAGCGACUUGCUCCAGGCCUUGGACCCAAACCAGGCGGCCGAUCGCUGGGACAAUGUCGUCAGCACCUUUGAUCUGCCCCGAGGAUUUAUCAUGAUGCUCGCCGACAUUGACGCCGGCAGUAGCACUCCCAAGCUCGUCUCGCAGGUCCUUUCCUGGCGUAAAAGCAAACCCGACGAAUGCAAGCAGCUCUGGGACGAGAUCCAUGCCCACAAUACCUGCAUCGACAGCUCUCUUCGCAAGCUCUGCGCCUUGUCGGUCCAGUACCCCGAGGUGUACGACCGCACUAUUUCGAAACUGGCCGUUGUGCCCGCCGAUAGAUGGGAGACUGAGGCUGCUGCCGAUGACCACGGCUUGUCCGUGCUGGAACUCGGCAUCACCAUCUUCAAGGAGUUCCAGAACGUUCGCAGGAACCUGAGGCUGAUGUCGCAGCUGGCGGGCGUGCCUAUUGAGCCGGAGGAGCAAACGCGGCUGCUAGAUAGAUGUAUGCAAGUCCCUGGCGUCAUCAUGGCCGGCGUGCCUGGCGCCGGUGGUUUCGAUGCCAUCUUUUGCAUCGUGCUGUCGCAGCCCUCCAAGGAGGCAGUGGAAGCGUGCUGGUCUGAGUGGAAGGAAAUGGCCGUGGGUCCGCUCCUGGCGCGUGAAAGCAACGGUGGCAUUUCCCGAAUGGAUCUGGAUGAUGUUCCCGAGUUCAAGCAAUGGCUCACCUCCCACGUCUGUUGAGCCGCUUGGACCACAGUGCCUGCGAGAUGCACCCGCUCCGACAGAAUCCCACGAUGGGCCCUUGCGGAUCCAGCUGCAGAGCCGGUUGCAGAGCCAAAUACACCUGCCAGCAAGGCUGAAGGGCUACUGCUGCAGUGUCCACGAUGGUAUUCCUGACGAAUUACAAACAGCGGUUGCACUCGGAGCCACUCUGU